AUGACCCGUAACAAGUGUAGGGAAGCAGGGCAUGACAGGGUUAAGGAGGGCAGCCCGCCCCCCUUUCCCGCUCUUCCUUUGGGUUAAUGGUGCUGGCCAAUGAGGGGCCUGGAAAUUCCCGGGCUUAGUAAGGGGAGGGGUAACCAAGGCAGCAUACCUUCAGUUUGUUCCAGGCAGCGUGAGGAUCGGCAGCUCGUGACGUCGUGGGACCAUGGACGCGGCGAGCUUGGAGCAUCUCGUGCAGGAGUUCCGGGAGGCAGCGAGGCGACAGGGACCGGCGUGGAUCCAGGACCAGCUGAAGGACCUCUUCACAGGAGCCGAGGCCGGAGGGCAGCGCAGACCCGCGAGGAGGACCCGUCCACCGGAUCGAUUGAGCCCAGGGACUGCGGGGGACCCAGCAGAGAAGACCAGCCGGCGCAGCAGGACAUCGCAGGAGAGGAGCACGGACGGAGGAGCAGGCCGCACCAGGGGAGGCUCGAGGAGGCAGCGCGGGGACACAGAUGAUCCGGCGCCAGGACCAGGCAGGCGAGUAAUCCGGGCGGCGGGGGGCGGAGCCAAGCCGCGCGAAGCAGGAAGUGGGGCCCCAGGCACAGAGGCGGCACGGGGAUCACCAGGCCAGGCAGACAGCCGGCAGAAGAGAGGGCCGAAGGGGAGCAGCACGCAGCGGGCCGGAAGGGGCGGAGCCAAAACGGCCCCAGGAGGAGCGGGGGGGCCAGGGACCGGAACCGGGUGCAGGGAGGCAGCGGCCACAGGCAGGGGGGAGACAGGCACCGGAGGGACCCCCGGACGGGGAGCGGGCCCAACCAGUGGGGCACCAGAGGGAGACACAGGGCUGGCUGACAGCCAGGACACAAGGGGAAGGCAGGAGGGAGCUGCAGGGAUGGAGACAAGGGCCACAGCCCGGGCUGGUGGCCAGGUGCGGGAGGAGGAGGGAACCACGGCCCUGAGACCAGGCCAGGCAGCAGGGAGCAGGGGGGACCCCGAGGGCACUUCCGGGCCCCCUGGGGUGGAGUCGGGCACCGGCCAGGCAACGACUUGGGGGCACAGGCGAAGCAGGCAGAGGGACAGCAGGUCCAGGACAAGGGAGACCAGGAGGGACCCACGAAGGAGCCGGUCCGGCAGCAGGCACCCCAGGUGGGGUAGGAGAGGGGAAUCCCGGGCCAGGAGUCGGUCAGGUACCAGGGAGAGCUGGAGGCGUGGCACGGCUUUGGGAACAGCCAGGCGCAGAGGAGACAGGGCCAGCAGAAGUCCCACCAGGAGGAGGGAGGGGUCCCGGAGAAGGGAGCACUCCUGUUCUUGUAUGUCGCAUAGGUGCGGUUCGAGCGGCUCGGGACGUGGACGGUCAAGAGCCAGGUACGCUACGGCAGAGGUACGACGGGCCACCAGGAGUCGUUCUACAAGCAGGGUUCGAAGCGAGAGGCGGCACACGGCCAGAGACGGGUCAGGACGGCGACAGGACACUCGGGAGCGCCUGGCCAGCAUAAUUACGGCCCCAGAGGCUUCCACAGCCGGGGGACCAGGAGGUGGCAGGAUUGCGGUGUGGCUGAUCGGGCAUUCAUUCAUCUAUCGAGCCAGAAGGAGAGCCGCAGUUAAAAAACCUGGAUUGCAGCUGGGCUUUCCCGAAGGCAAGGUGGGAGUGCACUGGUUCGGUGUUCGAGGCAUGCGGUGGCCAGGGGUCUGGUCCACCCUGCUUCAAAAGGUGAAGGCCGGGCGGCGCCCGGACAUACUGGUAAUACACGCUGGCGGGAAUGAUAUGGGGUUAGUUCCUCAGAAGGAUUUGGUUAUGGCGAUGAAAAACGAUUUGGACAGGAUAAGGCGUAUGUUUCCGGAUAUAGUGAUUGUUUGGUCAGAGAUGGUGCCGCGGUUAGUGUGGAGACAUGCCAGGGAUGGGCAGAGGAUUGAGAGGAGCAGGGGCAAGGUGAACAAAUUGUUGGCAGCUUUCGUGAGAAAGUUUAAUGGGGUGGUAGUGAGGCAUAAGGCCCUGGAGGAAAAAUUACCCGGUUACUACUGGAAGGACGGGGUCCACUUGUCAGAUGUAGGGACUGACCUAUUUAACUUAGCACUGGGUGAGGGAAUCGAGAGGGCCCUAGGGCGGUUUGUUGGCGGGUCGUGGCAGGCUUGAGGAGUCAAGCGGCCACGCCGGUGGCGGAGGGUACCUUACUCCGUGCCCUCAGGGGGAAGUUUGAGUUGUCAAGGAGACUGUAGCCCGGUAGGCCUGGGGGUCCUGAUCGGCAGUUAGCCUCGGUUUAGGUCGGGGGAAAAGGAGGCAGGAACCAGGCGUUACGUUCA